AUGUCUUCUGAAUCAAGCAAAAAACGGAAGCCUAAAGUAAUCCGAAGUGAUGGAGCCCCGACUGAGACAAAGCGGCCUCGAGCUGACACCGAGCAGGAAGGGAAAUACUACAGCGAGGAAGCAGAAGUGGACCUUCGAGACCCUAGUAGAGACUAUGAACUGUACAAGUACACAUGCCAGGAGCUCCAGAGGCUCAUGGCUGAGAUCCAGGACCUGAAGAGCAGAGGCGGCAAGGACACAGCCGUUGAGAUCGAAGAACGGCGGAUCCAGAGCUGUGUGCAUUUCAUGACCCUCAAGAAGCUCAAUCGGUUAGCUCACAUCAGGUUGAAGAAAGGACGAGAUCAGACCCAUGAGGCCAAGCAGAAAGUAGACGCCUAUCACCUGCAGCUGCAGAACCUGUUAUACGAGGUGAUGCACCUUCAGAAAGAAAUCACCAAAUGCCUGGAGUUUAAGUCAAAGCACGAAGAAAUUGAUCUGGUGAGUUUAGAGGAAUUUUAUCAGGAGGCCCCACCAGCUAUCAGCAAGCCCGAAGUUACCAUGGGAGACCCUCACCAGCAAACCCUUGCACGCUUGGACUGGGAACUGGAGCAGCGGAAGAGGCUGGCGGAGAAGUACAGAGAGAGUCUGUCCAACAAGGAGAAGAUCCUCAAGGAGAUCGAGGUGAAGAAGGAGUACCUGAGCAGCCUCCAGCCCCGCCUCAACAGCAUCAUGCAGGCAUCUCUACCAGUACAGGAGUACCUGUUCAUGCCGUUUGACCAGGCCCACAAACAAUAUGAGACAGCCAGACACCUGCCCCCUCCUCUCUAUGUUCUCUUUGUUCAGGCCACUGCAUAUGGCCAGGCCUGUGAUAAGACAUUGUCUGUAGCGAUUGAAGGCAGUGUGGAUGAAGCCAAGGCCCUAUUCAAGCCUCCUGAGGACUCCCAAGCCACGGUCCUUCGCCUGCUGCCGUAG